AGACAGGGUUUCUCUGUGUAGCCUUGGCUGUCCUGCACUCGCUUUGUAGACCAGGUUGGCCUCGAACUCAUAGCGAUCCACUUGCCUCUGCCUCCUGAGUGCUGGGAUUAAAGGUGUGCGUGCUUGUGACCCUUUUUAAAUUAAAAAUUUACUUGAAGUUACUAAGUUUUUAUUUUGUGUUUGUGUGCACAGUGUCUGUGCACCACAUGUGUGCUGUUCUGCAGAGGCUACAUGAGGGCAUUGGAUCCCCUAGAACUGGAGUUCAAGUGCGUUCUCAACUACCACUGUGGGUGCGGGGAACCAGACUCUGGGCCUCUGGAAGCCUAGUGACUUUACAGAGCAGGGCUUUGUGGUGUGUGGGGGUUAUAACUCACAUGGCUGCAGCCAGUGUGACUCCCCCUGGCUCCCUAGAACUGCUGCAGCCUGGCUUCUCCAAGACUCUCCUGGGGACCAAGUUAGAAGCCAAGUACCUGUGCUCAGCCUGCAGAAACAUCCUGCGGAGGCCCUUCCAGGCCCAGUGUGGCCACCGCUACUGCUCUUUCUGCCUGACCAGCAUCCUCAGCUCUGGGCCUCAGAAUUGUGCUGCGUGUGUCCAUGAAGGCCUGUAUGAAGAAGGCAUCUCUAUUUUAGAGAGCAGCUCGGCCUUUCCAGAUAAUGCUGCCCGGAGAGAGGUGGAGAGCCUGCCAGCCGUCUGUCCCAAUGAUGGAUGCACCUGGAAGGGAACCUUGAAAGAAUACGAGAGUUGCCAUGAAGGAUUGUGCCCAUUCCUGCUGACCGAGUGUCCUGCAUGCAAAGCCCUGGUCCGCCUCAGCGAAAAGGAGCACCACACUGAACAGGAGUGCCCCAAGAGGAGCCUGAGCUGCCAGCACUGCAGGGCACCCUGUAGCCAUGCGGACCUGGAGGUACACUAUGAGGUCUGCCCUAGGUUUCCCUUAACCUGUGACGGCUGCGGCAAGAAGAAGAUCCCUCGGGAAAAGUUUCAGGACCAUGUUAGAGCUUGCAACAAAUGCCGGAGCCUCUGCAGAUUCCACACCGUCGGCUGUCCUGAGAUGGUGGAACCUGAGAACCUGCAGGAUCAUGAGAUGCAGUGCCUGCGGGAACACCUGGCCCUACUGCUGAGUUCUUUCCUGGAGUCCAAAGCCUCACAGGGAACCCAGAACCAAGUGGGGCCAGAGCUGCUACAGCGGUGCCAGACUUUGGAACAAAAGACAGCCACCUUCGAGAACAUUGUCUGCGUCCUCAACCGGGAGGUAGAGAGGGUAGCAGUGACUGCAGAGGCUUGUAGCCGGCAGCACCGGCUCGACCAGGACAAGAUUGAGGCCUUGAGUAACAAGGUGCAGCAGCUGGAGAGGAGCAUUGGCCUCAAGGACCUGACCAUGGCUGACCUGGAGCAGAAGCUCUCAGAGUUGGAGGCUUCCACCUAUGAUGGCGUCUUCAUCUGGAAGAUCUCAGACUUCGCCAGGAAGCGCCAGGAAGCCGUAGCUGGCCGUACGCCUGCUAUCUUCUCCCCAGCCUUCUACACGAGCAGAUAUGGCUACAAGAUGUGUCUGCGCGUCUACUUGAAUGGCGAUGGCACUGGGCGGGGAACUCAUCUGUCUCUGUUCUUCGUGGUCAUGAAAGGCCCCAAUGAUGCUCUCUUGCGAUGGCCUUUUAAUCAGAAGGUGACGCUGAUGCUGCUGGACCAGAACAACCGGGAGCAUGUGAUCGACGCAUUCAGACCUGACGUAACCUCAUCCUCCUUCCAGAGGCCUGUCAGUGACAUGAACAUCGCCAGCGGGUGCCCCCUCUUCUGCCCUGUGUCCAAGAUGGAGGCCAAGAAUUCCUAUGUGCGGGAUGAUGCUAUCUUCAUCAAGGCUAUUGUGGACCUAACAGGACUCUAGCCACCCAGCUAGGAUAGCAGCUCAGUGAGGAGCUGCCACACUGGGCCAGGGCCCUGCCACACAAAGGUG